AGGGCAGCUGCUCAAGUCCCUUGCAGUCCUCUUGCUGUUUGCUGUUUGCUGUUUGCGGGAUGGACAUCGGGGGCAAUAUCUGGAGUGGGGAGCUUCUGCACAUGGGUGGUCCGCCCUUCCAUGUCCAACAUGAGAAUGAUGGGCAUGAUGGCGGACAUGACGAGAGGUGGAAGCAUCCCGAAGACUCGGGCAGAUACCAAUGCCUGGUUUGCCACAGCGUGUGUCGGGAUGCGCUGGCUACGGCCUGCUGUGGCGAGCUACUGUGCCAAGGUUGCUGGAACAAGUGCCAGCAGCGCGAGGACAAGUGUCCACAUUGCCGGCGAGGCACGGCGAGAGCUGACGCAGCGCACAAGGAGACCGCAAGGAGAUCAUGAACCUGCAGAUCGAUUGUCCGAGCGGGUGUGGCAUGUCCUUUAGCCUCCGAGCGAAGGAGAGCCACGUGCGCGAGGUUUGCUCGCUGCGUAUGGUGCAAUGUGAGGCGUGCUGGAUGGAGGUGCGAGCCAACUUUCUGGAGGAGCACCAGCUUUGCGAGUGUGAGGUCAAUUUCUGUCAGUGCAAGAUCUGUUUCGAGAAAGUGCGCAAAGACGGCAUGGAGGCGCAUUUGGAGUCCAACGUCGGGAAGCAUCUGGCUGCCAUUGUGCCUUUGACCGAGGAGGUGGGCCGACUGCAAAAGAAGGUGGUCCAGCUGCAGGAGCGUGUCCGAAGGCUGGAGGGCGGCUACGACUGCGACUCCGAGCUGUCGGAUUGUUCCGACUGCGCCAAAGGCAAAGGUGUGAAGGGCAAAGCCUCGCCCUUCCCAAAGGGCGAGUUGCACAAAGGAAAGCACGGAAAGGCCGGGAGAGGCUUUGCUCCAGGUCCACUGGUCUACCAUCCUGCCAGCGCAAAGGGCUGGCCCUGCUUUGAUCCUCUCUGGAAUGACCCCUGGCAGUUGAAGGGCAAAGGACCUCUGGGAAAAGGACUGGAAGGCAAAGGACCGGAGCAGCUGUGGAGGUACGACCCCAGUGACGACCCCUGGUUGCCAGCCGACAGGCCCUUCGAUUGAACCUCGUUGAUCUGAGAAAGCUGCGAGCGGCACAUCUGGGCUGUUCAAAGGCAAUCCCUGGACUCCUUCCCAUCCGUCUGUUGAAGGGAUUUGGGAAACCCCGUUGCGAUCCGUUCGAACGGAUUUGGUAUUCGUUGCGAUGGAGGUUUGCCACGGAUUUG